AUGGCUUCUUCUCCUUCGAAGCAAGAAAAGUGUCUGUACUGCAAACUAGCGGAAUCCGAUGACAUCGAUUGGGUUCAAUGCGAAGAAUGUCAGUAUUGGGCUCAUUUCUCGUGCGCAGGUGUUAACCAAGAGGUGGCGAACGUUAGUUGGCGUUGUCCGCGAUGCUCUCCGCAAAGCGCCCGGCGUCUUAAAGUUCUAGAGACUACGGCUAAGAAUCGCGGAAAGAAGUCCGCCCCGAAUAGCGAUGCAGGGUCCGAUCGUGGAGCUGGUUCCGUCUUAGACCUGACUGAGCAGCAGUUGGAAGAGGAACAGCUAGCAAUGGAGAUGGCCUUUGCAAAGCAGAUCGAGUUGCGGAAACAGCGUCUUGCUAAGCAGCAGGCUUGGAACGAGAGGCGGAUGAAGCUAGAGUGGGAGAUGCGCGAGCAGGAGCUACGAGCGCAGCGUGAAAUGGAGCAGCGGCAGCUAGAGCAUGAGCAGAAAAUGCUUGACUGCCAAUUGGCCGCAGAACGUGAAUUCUCGAAGAAGCGGGAUGCUAUUCGGAAACAGUUCGACGACAGCAUUAAUAAGGUCAACGCAUUGAAGGGCCAAUAUGGAACUGUCAGCGGUGCUUCUGCCUCCAAACCGGAACAGAAGCUGGAUGACUGGAUGCUGGAUUAUCGCGGAGCCUAUCCAAAGCACGGAUAUCUGCAGACGGAAGAUAAACUCGCGUGUCCGAAGAAGGUGCCGUUAGAUAAGUCGUUCACCAUCGAAGCCGGCCAAUUCGAACGAAGUGACGAAGAUGUGAGUGACGGUGAAGUUUCGGAGGUCCCGCUGAGUAGAUGCAGUCGAAGCAGCUUUCAAAGGUGUGGAGAUGGAAACGGGUCGGGGUGUAUCGUGGGUCGUAUUACAAGAGAUCAGCUAGUUGCUCGCAAAGCGGUCUCUCAGAACCUUCCCAAAUUUAAAGGGGAAGCAGAAGUUUGGCCGUUGUUUAUCAGCAGUUUCGAGUACACGACUGCAGCUUGCGGAUUCUCAAACCUCGAGAAUUUGAAGCGUUUGCAGGACUGUCUACAGGGUGACGCACUUGAGGCGGUCAGGAGUCGGCUAGUGCUACCGGACUCUGUUCCGGAUGUGAUCAGGGAUCUUCGGAAUCUGUUCGGAAAACCGGAGAAGCUCCUCAGAACGUUGCUGUCGAAGGUGAGGAACGCGCCGUUACCGAGAGCUGAUCGAUUGGAGACGUUCAUCAGCUUCGGGAUAACGGUGAAGCAGUUAUGCGACCACCUUGAAGCGUCAGGACUUUGCGACCACCUAAACAAUCCGAUGCUGGUGCAGGAGUUAGUUGACAAGUUGCCACCGAGCUACAAACUGGAUUGGGUCCGGUAUAAGCGAGGGAAGGUGGACAGUCCUUUGCGAAUGUUCACGAACUUCACAAAUGACAUCGUUUCGGAUGUGUCGGAGGUGACGGAGUUCUCGACAUUGUCGCUAAGCGAGCGCGAGCCUUCGCGAAUGGGGAAAGGAAAUUCCCGAAAGAAGGAGUUUGUCCAUUUUCAUGACGCGGACCAGGUUUCUGAUGAAAUUCAAAGAGAGACAGUAACUAAGCCGUGCUGGAUCUGUAAACGAACGGAUCAUCUCAUCAGGUGCUGUGAGGAGUUUAAGCGGAUGAACAUUGCAGCCAGGUUGAGAGAGGUUGAGCGACAAAACCUGUGUAGUCUUUGUUUGAACAAGCACGGAAACAGUAGAUGUACCUCGAAGAUUCGAUGCUUCAUGCAAAAUUGUCGUGGAGGCCAUCAUCCACUUUUGCAUCGAGUGGAAGAAUCGGUGCGGCUGCAGAAGGUAGAAUGCAAUGCUACCGAAAAGGCAGAUAGUGCGUUCGAUACUACUGCGUUCUUCGACGAAGGGUCGUCGGCUACGUUGGUAGAUGAUCUGGUGACCAGGCGGCUGAAAGCAAAAGGUACUCUAGAGCCGUUGAUAGUGACGUGGACGGGCAAUAUCAACCGCUUUGAGAACGAUUCGAGGAAGGUCGAACUGAUGAUGUCGGCGAAGGGUUCGAAGGAGAAGUUUCCGCUGUUCAACACUCGAACGGUAUCAGAGUUGGUGCUGCCGAAGCAGAACGUGCGAUUCGCAGAUGUGGUAAAAAAAUAUUCCCAUCUUGCAGGCGUUCCGCGGGUCGGUAAGCCAAACGAACCGAUUGCCGUGCGGUCGAAGAUUGGCUGGACAGUGUAUGGUUCGGAGAACCGAAGACCGAGUGCGUACACCUACCUGAAUCUGCACUCGAUAGUUCCAGCAAGCAAUCAAGGUCUCCAUGACAAGAUGCGAGAGCAAUACAUGCUAGAUAAGACAGCGAUUGCGAGGUUCGCUGUACCGGAGCCCGUGGAGGAGAAAAGAGCUCGAGAGAUGCUUGAGACAACGAUGAAGCGAGUGGGUGAUCGCUUCGAAACGGGGUUGCUGUGGCGUGAGGAUGCACGACGAUUCCCUGACAGCUAUCCGAUGGCUGUACGCCGGAUGAAGGCGCUGGACCGUAAGCUGAACAGGAAUUCAGACUUGAAGAAAAACGUGUGCCAGCAGAUGGAGGACUAUCAAGUCAAACACUACGCGCACAAGACGAGUGAAGCCGAACUGAAGGGUACGCCACAAACUGCUGUGUGGUAUCUACCGCUGAACGUCGUAGUGAAUCCGAAGAAGCCGAGUAAGGUGCGCUUGGUUUGGGAUGCUGCAGCAUCAGUGAACGGAGUCUCUCUUAACACAGAGUUACUCAAAGGUCCGGAUAUGCUAGUUCCGCUUCCCAGAGUAAUCUGCAAUUUUCGGGAACGGCCAGUAGCAUUUGGUGGUGACAUUCAAGAAAUGUACCAUCAGAUCCGGAUUAGACCUGAGGAUAGGCAAGCGCAACGGUUUUUGUUCCGAGCGAACAGUGAGGAAGCUCCGCAGGUGUACGUUAUGGACGUUGCCACCUUUGGUUCCACGUGUUCGCCCUGCUCAGCUCAAUUCGUGAAGAACUUGAAUGCAGCAGAUUUCUCGGAGAAGUACCCUGAAGCAGUAGAAGCCAUCGUGAAGCGUCACUAUCGAAGAAGCGAUCCAGCGAACCAGCGAGGAAAAAGGAGUGUCGAUUCCGCAGUGCAUUUCAACUGGGACAAGAACAACGAACACGAGCGUGUGCUAGGCGUCGUUUGGGACCCGGUUGGAGACGAGUUCCGUUUUGCGACCGAAUGGAAAGCAGAGUACAACAAGGUUUUCCUACAGGAAAAACGCCCGACGAAAAGAAUUGUUCUGAGCAUUGUGAUGGCGCAAUUCGAUCCAGCAGGAUUUCUUGUUCCAGUUACAAUUCUCGGGAAAAUGCUGGUUCAGGAUCUGUGGCGGACAGGCUGCGACUGGGAUGAUGCAAUCGAUGAGCUGUCGUUCAGGAAGUGGUUGCGGUGGACCAACAUUCUCGCAGACGUGCCAGUGUUUAAGCUACCUCGAAGCUAUUUCGGAACUGCGAGAUCAGAUGAGGUCGAAGAAGUCCAGCUUCACAUCUUUGCUGAUGCCAGCGAGACGGCGUACGGAUGUGUGGCAUACUUCCGUGCCAUCGUACGGGGUAAGGUGGUGUGUUCGCUAGUGAUGAGUCGAGCGAAGGUAGCACCGUUGAAGCAGCUGUCGAUUCCGCGGCUAGAACUUCUGGCAGCGGUUCUUGCGGCAAGGCUGGCACGAACGAUCGAGGAGAAUCACAACUUCACGAUCAGUAGAGUGGUGUUCUGGAUUGACGCAGAAGUGGUGCUGUCCUGGAUUCGGUCGGAUCAGCGCCGCUACAAGCAAUUUGUUGGUUUUCGCAUUGGCGAAAUUCUUAGUUUGACUAAACUGACAGAUUGGCGAUGGGUUCCGACGAGAUUGAACGUGGCGGAUCUGGUAACCAAAUGGGGUAAAGGUCUGGAGAUACACCCCAACAGCCCGUGGGUACGUGGGCAACAAUUUUUGUACGACAGUAUGGAAAAGUGGCCGAAGAGAGAAUUACCUCCAGCUAACACUACGGAGGAACUUCGGGUUCACUUGAUGCUGCACGACGUGCAAGUUGCACAGGCUAUCGUGGACGCCAAUCGCUUUUCUAAGUGGACAGUGCUGGUGAGGACGAUGGCGUGCGUAAUCCGGUUCGUGUCGAACUGUAGACGAAAGAGCAAAAAACUGCCGAUUGAGACGCUAAAAGCAACGAGCAGACAGAGCAGAGUACUAAAACCGACGGCAGCUACGUCAGUACGUGUGGCGCUACAGCAAAGUGAGUACGAGAAGGCGGAACUAUGA